GAAGCACGUUUAAGAGGGAUAUAUCUUCAAUAUCUUCAAGUAGAAUUAGAUAACAAUAAUCAUGAAGUAGAAUUAGCUAGAAGUCUUAAUGAAUCUUUUAAUAACACAGAAACAUUUUCAGAUUCUGACGAUGAGAAUUAUGUUAGUAUUAAUGAAGACAGUGAUUUUAUUGUUCUAGAAUCAGAAAGUGAAAAUGAAGGUAGAAUGACUAAUAGGGAAAAUAAUAGUAAUAGAGAAGAGAGUGAUGAAGAGAAGAUAGAAAGUGAUGAGGAAGAAGAUAGAGUAGAAAGCAAAGAGAAAGAUAAAAGCAAUGAAGAAAAUACAAGUGAUGAAGAGGAAAGUAAUAAAGAAAAAAAUAGAGAUAACAAAGAAGAAAGUAAUAAAGAAGAAAAUAGAGAUAACAAAGAGGAAAAUAUGAGUGAUAAAUAA